GUGUUCCGAACACUCGCGCGUCUCGGCGACACACAUUUACUGGCCCUACCGUGUACUCUACUACUCUUCAGCACUUGAGGAGCAAUGUCUUCGAGCAUGGAGGCUGUCGUGACCGACACUUUCUUGCCGCGCGACCCGCGGACGAUGGGCUGGCCGCUGGUCGGCAGCAAGCAGUUUUUGAUCACCCUACUUCUCGGCUACGUCUAUUUGGUCAAGAUAGGCGGCCCCCGCUUCAUGAAGGGCCGCAAGGCUUACGACAACCUGAAGCCAGUGAUCAUGAUUUACAACCUGUCCAUGGUGCUCCUCAACGCGUACUUCGUGUACAACUUCCUGAAGCGCUCGUACUUCGGCGGCGGCUACAGCAUCAUUUGCCAGGGCAUCGACUACCAGGCCCGCGACCAAACUACCAUGGAGUUCCUGGAGCUGUGCUACUGGUACUUGUGGGUGCGCAUCGCAGAUUUUCUCGACACCAUCUUUUUUGUGCUGCGCAAAAAGGACUCGCACGUGUCGUUCCUGCACGUGGUGCACCACGUUCUCGUCGUGUUCAACGGCUGGUUCGGGCUCGCGUACGGGCCUGACGGACAGGUAGCCCUCGGUCUGACGCUCAACAGCUUCGUGCACGUGGUGAUGUACUCCUACUACUUCCUGUCGCUCUUGGGUCCCUCGGUCAGGCCCUUCCUGUGGUGGAAGCGCUACCUGACCCAGUUCCAGCUGGUGCAGUUCAUCAUCAUGUUCAUCCACUGCACCAUCCCCGCCUUCAAGGACUGCGGCUACCCAAUGUCCCACAUGAUGGUCACCAUUCCUCAAGCCUUGUUCUUUUUCGGCAUGUUCAUCCGCUUCUACGUGCAGGCGUACAACAAGCAGCCCGCCAAGCUCGCUGCUGAGCACAAGAGCCAGUAGGUUGGCGAUGACCAGGCGAGUACGGACUGCUUCGUCGCUGCACGUUUCCCUCACAGGCGGCAACUCUUCAAACGGGCCGCUUGCAGACUUGCCGCCGAAAAAGAUCUCUGUCGCACUGGCCGUUACAGUGACUGAAAACAUUUCCGCUUGCGGAUGGCGCACGUAUGCCCGACGCCAAAUGUGUUGCAAGUCGAAGCAGCGAGAGGACACUUUAAUUCAUUUGUGCCGCGUAUUGCUGUGCCGCGAAGCGCACCACUGCGUCACUGAAACUUAUCGUUCUUUACUUUGUCCCCAAGAGUGCCUUGCGACAGCCGGACGAAGAAAGAGACUGUGAAGUGCUUCUGUAUAGGAAUGUAUUGUACCGCUGCUUGAAGCGCGAAGCGUCAUGGUUUACUUUUAUGUUGUCUGACAAAAGCAAUCUAAUGCAAAUGUAGCACUUUGUGGCAAACGCAUCUCAUGUAAAUAAACUCUCAUUCCGCCCCUAUUGGGCUUUUU